AUGGAAGAGAAUUUAGAUAGAAAGAUAAAGGUCUACAGUCUACGAGUUACCCAGCUAGCUCCCUGUAUCUUUGUCUGCUACCAAACUGAUAUUCCUCUACCUGGCCUAGAGACCGGUCUCGUUCUCAUUGGUAUAACUCCUGCUGGCAGCGCUAGGAUGAGACCUAUCAGCAGUGUUGACCCGGAUGAAUAUAUAUGGGCCUGGGAUAGACUAGUUUACGGAUGCAGAAUACCAAACUAUGGUAUAGAGGGAGGGUCUGAUACAGUUCUUGACAGGUAUCAGUGUACUAAUACCAGUACCUAUAAUGCCCCAAAUCCAAAAGACCCUGGAUCGACAGGAGCCUGGCCGAAAUGUCGUCCUCAAUCCUACAUGGUUGUUGAUGCUGCAAUAAAAAUGCUGGCCCGUUACGACGAACGAGUUGAAAACAGGUACAAGCUGAUCCUGUUCAAGGAGCUGGACGGAGAGGACAAUAUUACAUUCAAUGAUCACCUCAUCUCGGUGACUCUACCGACUGUGAUAGUGAUGGUGAUGAUAAUCCUGGUAGCCCUAUUCUGCAGCAGGAACAACAGUCCUAUCUGCUCUAUCUGUGCUUCAAAAGAAAGUGCUUAUGAAGAUUAGUUAACAGUGACACUAAAGGGAUUGUAAUCGUAAUUUCAAGUUGACCCUCCGUGAAAUGAUAACAAUGUCCGAUUCACAACGGUACCCUUACAAGCAUUUGUCUGAUGAAGAAGAAUUAUAUAUUAGUGUUUUAUUUCUGCAAACUUUUUAUUUUCAUUUUCGGGUUUGCUGUGAAAAUUUAAAUUGUAAAUCGGACAUGGCCAUCUUUGCAUGGAGGGUCACUUGAAAUUAGGCUGCCAGUCCCUUUAAGGGGAAUGUUUGUGAAAUAGAUUUGAAAAUAGUUAGACAAACACUAAUAUAUUUUCCUAUAUUUCUGUAUUCAAUAGAAAUGCAGAUGUGUCACAUUUGUUUGACUCAAAAUUUUACUAGACCCUUUUUUUGGCACAACCCCUCCCUUCACUUACUUUAGGUUGAACUUUAUGAACGAUAUCGAAAUUUUAAAUUUUCAAAAGAAAAAAAAUUUUAAUCUUAAACUUGUUUCAUUAAAAUCAUUUGAAACAGUUGUUAGAUUUUUUCUAAUAUUAAUUUUUCGAUUACUUAAAUAUAAAAUAUGCAGCUGCUCUUGGCGUCAUAAAACUUGGGAAUAGGAAGACGACUUUAAGACUGAAAUUAUGAUUUAAAAUAAUCUUAUGGACAAGACAGCUAGCAAGGUAAUAA